AUGAUUUCACUUCCUCCCUCCCUUCCCACCUUCCUCAAGAAGGCCUUCAAAGCCUGCAAGCCCGCCAUCACCACCCUCCGUCCUGAUUUCUUCAUCCACGACAACUUCCCGCCGUGGGCUUCGGACGUAGCCGCCAAGCUCCACAUCCACGGGGUUCGGUUCGUAACCUUCAACGCCUCCUCUCUGUGCAUGUACUACCACUUCAUGAAGACAGGCACCAUGGCCAGCCAAAGCGGCUGUCCACUCGAGAGCAUCGGCGUCGCCGAUUUCCAGCGGCAAGCAACAGAUAAAAUCGGCUCCGACGAAGACGCCAAAGCCAUUAAGGCGUUUCUCCGAGGGCUGAAAAGACCGGAAGGUGUGCUCAUGGUCAGGAGUGUUCGGCCGCUGGAAGAGAAGUUCCUCGAGGAGCAAACGGGGAAGGCCAUCCUCCCGGUCGGCACGCUUCUGCCGCAAAAGCAGGAGGCCUCGCCGGGGAGCGGUAAAUUCGCCGAAUGGCUGGACACAAAGAGGAGUUCCUCAGUGGUGUUCGUGUCGUUUGGCAGCGAGUACUUCAUGACGAAGGAGCAGAUCGCAGAGAUUGCAUUCGGCUUGGAGCUGAGCGAGCAAAGCUUCAUAUGGGUGAUCAGGUUGGCCGGAGAAGAAAUAGAAGAAGAAGAGGGAAAUGUGGUGGAAAGAGUUCUUCCUUCAGGGUUCCUGGAGAGGGUGAAGGAUAAGGGGAUGGUGGUGAGAGGGUGGGCAGCACAGACGGCCUUGGAGGCGCUCCCUCUGAGCAUCGACCAGCCCCAUAACGUAAGGCUGGUGGUGGGGAGGGAGAGCAACGGGGAGUUCCGGAGGGAGAAGGUGGCUGACGCUAUCAGGAGAGUGAUGGUGGGAGAAGAGGGUGAGGAGUUGAGGAAGAGGGGGAAGGACAUGGCGGCGAAGAUGAAGCACGAAGGCGAAGAAGGUGCCGACGAGUUGUUCGGGGUGGUGCAGAGGAUGUAUAGACAGGGCAAUGUGCCCUACAAAAUAUUGACAUGGAGAUGA